GCCGCGGCGCGCUCUGUGCAGGGAACCUGGGUGCGCUGGGCCCGCCAGCAACGUAUCCACGCUCCUUGGGGGCCUCGUAGCAGCACAAUAUUAAGAUGGAGGACUAUGAGAAGUUCUGUGAAAAGCAUCUUGCAAGGAUCCAAGGAGAGUCAAUUCAAAGGGAAACCUCUUCAUCUGCUCAGAAGAAUAUCUCACUUAUUAAAUUCCAUGGCAUUCCUGUGCUUUCACCUCUGCUGAGUCUUGAGAGAAAAAAGGAAAUGCAGCAGGAUAAACAAAAAGCACUUGAUGUAGAGAUCUGGAAACAGAAUUCCAGGAAAAGAGCUUUACUGAAUCGUGUUCAGGAGAUCCUGGAAAAUGUGCAGGUCAGAAAGGUGUCUAGUAUGAGCGAUUUGGAUCAGUGGGAGCAUGAGAGUGGUCACUCUAAUUCAGAAUCAAAAGCCUCAAAUGGCUUCACAAUGCUAUCAAACAUCAAUUUGCCAAGUUCUAUUGCAUGCUAUGGUACUACAGACCUUGAAAAAACAUUGGAAAUUAUGCCAGCAGAUACUGUUAUCCAGGUUACAUCAAGUGGAAUAGACUCAGUUAGAGGCACAGAAGAACCUAUUCCUCCUGAACAAAGUGAGAGCAACCUCUCAGAAAUCAUUGCUUGCCCAAAGGUUACAUCUCCUGAUAAAACACAAAAUAUGACUACUUCAAAUGCACAUGUAAACCAAGAGCAUAUGGAGGUGCCACCAGCUGAUCCUUAUGUAAUGAGUCUUCAAAACCUUCUGAAAAAGUCUAGGGAGUACAUAGAGAGAGAGCAAACCAGACGUAGCAUAAGAAGUAAUUCAAAAAGAAGUGUUAAUGAAAGUCAUUCUGAUAAAGAAAAUGACGCAGUUAAAACAAAUGUGUCUGGGAAAGAGAGAGCGAGGUUUACAGGCAGGAGUUGUACUCCUCUGACACUUGAUAAACCAAGUCUUAAUAAAUCAAAUAUUCUUCUCCAAGGUGCCUCUGCCCAAAUAAAUAGUGUGAGUACAUCAGCUUCACCCAGUUUUUCUAAAGUGGAUAUACCUACCAGAGCUGGAACACCCCCAGUUUUGGAUUCGGAUUCAGAUGAAGAAUUUAAAAAUAUCUCUACCUUUGAUCACGAUAGUAGUAUUGUCAGAAGCCUUACAGGUUCUUAUGCCAAAUUACCCAGCCCAGAGCCAAGUAUGAGCCCUAAAAUGCACCGAAGACGUCCAAGACCUUCAUCAAUGGGACACAUAGUUAUCAAUAACCCUGUGAAUGCCUAUGAAUUAAGCCCUAUAAACAAGGGAAGAGCAAUUGACUUGAUCAUACAAGAUGUCACUGACCAAACCAAUGCAUCUGAACCUGUGCCAAAAUUCACUGCUGACAUCACUGCAGUUUGUUCUAGCAAAGCUCAUGUCAACAAGAAUUCUUCAGAGACGUCAAAUCACAUGUGUCAGCAUUCCAUUAGUCAACUAGAGAGCAAAGGAAUGAUGGUGUCUUCCAUAAUGGAGGGAAAACUGGAUAGUAGAAGGCCAUACAAAAUGGACAGUACUACUUGUACUGCAACUCCAAAAUUGCAUGAGUCGUAUGCAGUCAGUCAGUCGAUGGUGACUCAAAAGCUCGUAACUAUGAAUGGAAUCAAGCCAGAUAGUUUAUUAGAAAAGACCAAAAGUAAUUCACCCGUGGAACUCAAUAAAUCUUAUGAUGUAGAAAAUCCAUCUCCAUUACUGAUGCAAAGCCAGAAUAAGCAUCAGCAAAUGGAUACUCCAAAUGUUUCUUCUGGAAAUGAACAUUUUGUAGAAAAUGGUUUCGAAAAAGUGAAACGUAGGCUUGAUUUGGAUAUUGAUAGCUCACAGAAAGAGAACAACCCAUAUGUUUUAACAGAUGGAACAGAAGAACAAGAGAAGUGGAGGUUGCAAGAGCGAAGAUGCCCCAUAGGAUCUGUUUAUGGUAACAAGAAUGAAACCUCAGGCAGUAGUACCAACGAAGAAGAGAUUUUGAAAAAUAAACUCUUGGCUUUUGAAGAAAUGAGAGAGAGACUUGAAGAGCAGCAUGCACAACAACUAUCAGUACUGAUAGCUGAACAAGAGAGAGAACAGGAGAGAUUGCAGAAGGAGAUAGAAGAGCAGGAGAGAAGGUUAAAAGGAAAGAAGAGUGCUACAGCAGACAUAGAAAUACCCAAAAUGACCAUUAGCAGUGGGAUGGAACUGCAGUGGAGAAAAAUAAGCGAAAGUGGCUUGUUGGAAACAAUGCUGACUCAAGUGGAGACAAUCCAUAACACAAACUCGAACAGCACUGGUUUUGCCAACACUACCAUGCCCAGUAGUUUUGGUUCAACAAAUGAAGCUCCAUUCUACCUCUGGGGACCAUCUGGUAGUGGAAUGUCAAAAAUAUCAGCAUCCAGGCUUAUUAGGGCCAAAACCAGGUGGUCUCAGGCCUUCAAUCCAGAGAUGCAAGUGAAGUUCAGUAAGAUCACUGCCUUGGCAAAGGGAUUUCUGACUCGUAGGCUCAUGCAAACAGAAAAAUUGAAAUAUCUUAGGCAAACUGUAAAAGAUACUAUGGAGUUCAUAAAAAAUUUUCAGUCUGAAGCUCCCUUAAAGAGAGGAACUGUUUCGGCGCAAGAUGCAUCCCUACAAGAAAGAGUGAUGGCUCAACUGCGAGCUGCGCUGUAUGACAUCCAUGAUAUAUUCUUUAUAAUGGAAAUAUCUGAAAGAAUGAAUAUUCUGCGUCAUGAUCGUGAAGUUCGCAAAGAGAAAAUGCUGAGGCAAAUGGCUAAAAUAAAGACUCCACGAGAGAGGGUGACACUUUCAACAGCUACACAGAAGUCUCUGGAUAGGAAGAAGUACAUGAAGGCUGCAGAAAUGGGAAUGCCAAAUAAAAAAUUAAUCAUAAAACAAAAUACUCCUGAAGCAAGAGUACUUCAGCCAAAUCAAGGACAAAAUACUCCAAUUCAUAGGCUUCUUUGCAGGCAAGGAACCCCUAAGACCUCAAUGAAGGGGGUUGAGCAAAAUAGAAAGAAGUCCUCAGAGAGCAGAGUGCCUAACAAGGCAACUUCAGGAGUAUAUGCAGGAAGAAUCCAAAGAAAGAAGCCAAAUGUUGUGACAAUUUAA